AUGCCCUACUUGCAAACUGCGCCUAUCUACUCACAGCAACUGUACUCUCAGUCUUCAGCUCAGAUGCCGCCGAUGGCACAUCCUCAAGCUCAGAUGCAGACUUUUAACCAGAGUGUGGUUCCUGCUGCGGUUCCUCAGCAGCAAGUUAUAUCCACGCCUACCGUCAGUCAUAAUCCACCUCCACCUCGUAAAACAUUGGAGAUCAAAGAUCCCCAAUCGGGUGAAUUACUUGAUUUUGGGAAGCUUAAAAGUGAAAAAAAAACGAGUUCUGAAACGUUGACCUCUGUCCCAGCUGAACCAUCAGUUCCCGUAAAAAUUAGGACUCCACCUCCGAAGGAUUUAAAAAUCCUCCCUGAUCCCGAAUCGAAUGUCUCCACGGAUGUAAUUCCUCCGCAAACAAUUGAUACGCUUCCCGAAAACAAACCCGACUUUUCUUUAAACUCGGAAGAGGAAAUAACCUCAAACAAGGAUUCUCACGAAACCGACGAUUCGAAGCAGGAAAUCCCGCUGGAAAGUGAUGCUACCAGCACUGAUACCUCAGCAAAUGACAUUGAUGUUGAUGCGCAGGAAUUAUCACAAGAUAGCAAAGAUAAGGAAUCGUCGGCUGCUGAGGAUCAACCUAUUGAUGCGUCACCUCAAUGUAACAAGAGAAUUGAAAGGGUGGGAUCGGAUUCCUCUAGUAAUACUCAAAAGUAUAAUCGGGAGCAACUCAUUUCAAUAAGAAGUACUACCAAUUUUUCGAAUUAUCCUUCUCCACCGAUGUCAGUAGUGACAGCUUUUGGUGGUAAUUCUCAACGACACAAGGGUCGUGCGGGUCUCAGGCCUCAGAGCAGACGCGUAUUGACGUUCAAUACAGAGACAGUUGUGCUUGAUGAGGUUGAAAAUGCGUACAAGCCGUCACACUUGAAGAAGCCUGAGGAUAUUCCUGCAGAUCGUCUAUCACAGUUAUCUCGAGAUUUAAACGUUAUUCUGAAUCGGCUUAUCCAUGAAAACGUGUUGGGCGUGGUAGAUGACGUCAAGAAAAUUGGUGUUAAAGGCGAAGAUGAAGUCAAUUGUUUAGUUAAUGCCAUUACUAACAAGGCUACUCGGCAAGCAUUGUAUAGUGAAGCAUUUGCGAAGCUAUGUAAGGCGCUUUCUGAGGCCGAUAUAGAUGGCUUCCGGGAACGGCUAAUAAAGGCCACCGGUGACUUAUUUUCUACUCCAUUAGAAGUUCACAUUGAUAAUGUGAAGGCACGUAUAGAUGAAAAAAUACGGGAAACAAAUGAUGAGAAGGUCAAGAAGAUGUUAGAGGAAGAUCGCGAAACUGUCAUUACGAAGAAGCGCGAAGCCUUCUUUGGAAUCAUGCGAUUCUUCAGUUUCCUGUACUUACACGACGUCAUUCCGCCCAAAGUAUUCACGGAUGCACUGAGACCGUUUGCGAAGCCUAAAUCGCAGGAUGACGUUUUGGCGCUCCUGACUUGUCUUGACAUUUGCGGCGAAACAAUGGACGCCAGGAAAGUUUUCUUGAUCAAUAGUUGUAUCAGUGGCCUGGAAAAUGCAAGGAAAGUGUUGAAAAUGGAGCAAUACGUCCAGUACAAGAUAAUUGCUCUCGUUGAACUACGUCAGAACAAUUGGAAAAAGUCAGAAUCCGUUCCACCCCCACAAACAGCCACAUUACCUCGUUCUAAUUCAAGUAGGGAUAGCUUAGUACGCCGCGUACAGACGCACAAUGUCCCGCGUAAGGUCUCUUCUACAGUUAAACCCACAACAGGCAAAAUGGGUGACUCAAAAACUCCAAUUGAUACCAAAAAUCUUGCGGUUUCGAGUUUUGGCAGCAGAUCGAGCUAUCUUGGACCUCAGUUUGAUUGGAGUCAGGGCAGCAAGGCGCAACCAAGGCAGCCAAAAUCUGGCACAGCCAGUGAAUCUGACAAUGGGAGGGAAUCUAGAGCGUCCAGUGUGUCUACGAUCAAACGGGAGACCAGUCAGACCUCUCAAUUCAAGAUUGAUGAAGCUCUGACUGCUAAGGAAGCUAUACGAGACGCGAUCGAUGCUUUCAUGAAUUCAGAUACCCCAAAAUUCGAUUUGCUUUUGCGGGAAUCCGAAAAGAAAGAGUUUGUUAAGGAAAUUCUAUGCAGAGCACUAGAGGGAAAGGCUGAUGAACGGCGGAUGUUUGUAAAUAUACUUUCUCAUUUGUACUCUAAACGCCAACUGAAUGACGGACAGAUGGAAUACGGGUUCGCCCAGUCGUUAGAAUUCAUUGAUGAGGUUGACUGUCCAAAGCUCGGUGUAUUUUUCGGUGAAUUACUCAGUUCCAUGGUGAUAUCCUCACCAGUUGACUUAACCAAAAUCGUCAAGUUAAUCGAUAUGCUACCAGGAGAGAAAUAUAAACGGGAGGCCCUGGCCCAGUGCAUCAAGUUUGCGGCGGACCGCAUCGGCGAGCGUGAAAUCGCAAUCAGUGCUAACAAGACUCUGACAGAAGGGCUACCCUGGGGUAGUGAGAAGGCAUUUACCGAGUCGAGCUUUUUGAAACUUUACCAUAUUGAAUUCAUCACGACGACGCCGCCACCUUCGGCGUCGGCUUCUGCCUCUGUGAAUUCUGUUAAGCAGUGGCGCGAGGCAACGCCGCGUGCAUCAUCCUCUACCGGCGACCCUUCAGUAAGUGAUCUUAUCGACAAGUGUCUUCAGCAAAUGGACUUGAAGGAGUUGGUAUCCAUUUGCUCACAGAAUUCUAAAUCGAAAGAUGCGGAGCAAUACUUGAGGAAAAUCUUUGCGCAUGGUCGGGGUCUACAAAGGAAAGAGAUCGAUUCUUUGGUACCAGUCGUGAAAAUUUUCAUUCAUCCCACGCCAGAUAGCGAGCGAUUAUUAGUGUUUACCCUACAAAAAUCCGUCGAUAACAAGGAAGUUUUCAAGGCGUGGCUUCAAUCCUUAGUGCAGCAGAAACUUUUAACUCCGCAGUCCCUUAGUGCGUACGCUCAGGAUAAACGCACACCGACCGCAUACAAGGACGUGGCUGUUCAAAUCUUACGCAAAUGUCGGCCGUGA